AUAGAUUACGUGUCCUGACUUCGACAGCGUGUGAUCUGGCCAGACCCACAAACUAUUUUCCACGACUGGAAGUUUAAUGCGAGCUAAAGUGUUGGGAAAGGGGCCUUGAGGAUAGGUUGGCUUAUCACAUCACAUCACCCGACUUCUCCGUCAUCUCUAUGUCAUCACCGCCCACAUAUGAUGCAUGCAUCAAAAGACCGCCUCGUCCGUCCUGUUCCCCCUUUCUCGCUCAUCCUUCCCACAUUCCUUCACCCACUGCAUACACUCUUUUCUGCAACAUCAGUCUUGCUGGCAGAGAGUGUGCUCCUCAAUUCUGAUAUCACACUCUCACCGAACACCUGCGACUCGACAAGACGGCCAAUUGCCUCGUGGCUGCCAUCAUCCUCUCUCCUUUCCCCGAUUUCACGACCGUACGAACAUCCCUUCUAACGACUUUACCGCGACACGUCAAUUUCCCUUUCUCAACAUCUCCGACAAAACCUUCUCAGCGGUCAAGCGGCGCCGACUGGUGAAGCGUGCCCGAUUGGCCCGAUUGACUUCGUGCGUGGGCCGAGAUCCGGCCCCAGAAGUACCGCGCCCUCUCUUGAUGUGCCACGUCAACAUUGAUGUACCGGACCCACUUCCUGGACUGCCUGGUCCGUGCUCAAAGAGCACAAGUCAUGCUGCUUGCGCACGCUAGUUUCUGAAACCUCUGUAGAAGUUAGGGAAUGUUUGAAGGAUACUUGUGUUGGAUGGGUUGGAGUGCGUCUUUUUUUGUCACCCGC